AAGAAGAAGGAGGAGGAGAAGAAACUGCGCAUGUCUGUAACUGGUUCCUUGGUUUGUUAUUGACUAGCUUCUUGGUUAUAGUAGAUGACAGAGGGGUUAAACAAGUGUAUCUACAAUUGUUUGUGUGUGUUUUAUGUUAAAGUCAGCGUUUUUGUGACAUGUGUAAGUGUGUUUGUGUGUGAAGUGUAAAGUUUUGUCGGGCUGCCUGGAAACUCCUGAGCCGCUGACUCAGACUCAAAGAAGAGGAAGAACUGAUGCAACAUGGCAGCAGCUGCUGUCAAUAGAUGUCUUCUCUCCGCGCUGAGGACAAACAGUCGCCGUCAAAGUCGUGGUCUUUACUCUGCGGCGGAGAGGACAGUCAGCCGGGGGUCGUCUGCUGCUCCGUGUGACCACAGCGGAGUGGAAGCGGACAGCAGCCUGGAGACGGGAGCUCCAGGCGGGCACAGGAGCAGCAGCGGUGGCGGCAGCGGGUCUCCCCUGCUCGUCUCCGUGUCUGCGGCUCUGGGACUCUGUGGUGCGGCGCUUCUUCUGGACACACGUCACAAAGACGAAAAACAAAGCGACAGAAGAGUGUCAUUAACUGGACGGUUUCUUGAGCGCGUCCUGCCCUCGGCUCACUGCGCCACCCCAUUUCAACCCGACAGUCCCCGGUAUAAGUACAACUUCAUAGCGGAUGUGGUGGAGAAGUCCACACCGGCUGUCGUGUACAUAGAGAUCUUAGGAAGACACCCGUUUUCAGGUAGAGAAGUCCCAGUGUCCAAUGGCUCUGGUUUCAUUAUCAGCAGUGACGGUCUCAUCGUCACGAACGCCCAUGUCGUGGCCAACAAGAGAGGCGUUCGCGUGAAGCUCAACAACGGAGCGACGUACAGCGCCUCCGUGCUGGACGUCGAUCCGGUGGCCGACAUCGCCACCAUCAAAAUCACUGCAAACAAUCCUUUACCGACGCUCGCCCUCGGUAAAUCGUCUGACAUCCGGCAGGGAGAGUUUGUGGUCGCCAUGGGAAGCCCCUUUGCGCUGCGUAACACCAUCACGUCCGGAAUCAUCAGCUCGGUGCAGAGAGGCAGUAAAGAGCUGGGCCUGUCCAACUCCAACAUGGACUACAUACAGACGGACGCAGCCAUUGACUUUGGAAAUUCUGGAGGUCCCUUAAUAAACUUGGACGGCGAAGUCAUCGGCAUAAACACCAUGAAGGUCACCGCAGGGAUCUCCUUUGCUAUUCCAUCGGACCGACUGAGAGUGUUUCUCGACAAAGCGUCGAAAAAAAAGAGUGCCUGGUUCGGCAGGUCGGAGACAAAGCAGCGAUACAUCGGUGUCAUGAUGCUGACACUGACGCCGAGCAUCAUUGGCCAGCUAAAGUUAAGGGACCCGUCGUUCCCCGAUGUCACACAUGGCAUCCUGAUUCACAGAGUCAUCAUGGGCUCGCCGGCCAACCGAGCUGGAAUGUUACCCGGAGAUGUUGUGGUGGAGAUUAACGGGGUGGAGGUGAACACUUCAGAGGAAAUCUACCAGGCUGUUAACAGCAGUGAAAAAAUCACCAUGGUGGUGCAGCGAGGGAAAGAGUCGAUUCGGCUGCAAAUGACUCCCGAGUACACGGAGUGACACAAAUAUUUUGGAACCAGUUCUUCCGAUUGGAAGAAAAAGUAUAAUUUGUGACCAGGUGCAAGAAUUGUGUCCCACUGUGCUUUAAACCUUUGUAAAAUAUGUCAUUACUGCAAAGGAAAAACCUGCUGUGAAUUCAUUAUUACCUUAAUUAAAAAAAAAGGUGUUUCUGCAA